AUGUCGGAUUUGGAACGAGAUAGAAAUCGACAACCUCCGGGCAGAAAGCGUAUGGGGAAGACGUUUUUGGCCCCAGAAUUAGGGGGAUCGGGAGCCCGUCACGUUACGACGCGUAAAGUUUCUGCCUCGGCUCGACGGAAGAAACAAGCGCAUACUUCUCCCGAUGAGGUCCGCAUUUCUGUUGAGGAUCUUAGAGAGUCUGAUGAUUUUGUGAGCUCAGAGGACGAGCCAGAGGACGAGCCAGAGGACGAGCCAAGUGAAAAAAUUUACAUUUCUAAACGGAAAAAGGGUGCAGGUGGUCGGUUCGUUGGCGACUCGUCAUCAGGGUCGAACAGACGACCUGAAGAGGUUGACGUGUGGACCGUUACUGGUCCAGUACCUGGUGGACCCGAGGAUGACACUGUUAUUCCUAGUUUUCUCGGGCAUGUCGCUUCUCGGCUAUGGGAUGGGGCGGACAGAGGCGUGCUGAAGUGUCAGACUAGACAUGGAGCUCUGAAGAAGCUGAGACAGUGGUAUGAGACGGCCUCAGAGGAGGUUAAGGUGCUGAUAGACGGGACUGAGAUAUCACAUCUCCCGUUUAUCAUGUUUGAUCAUCUGGAUAUCCCGCUCCUUUCUGCAUUUGUGGAGCGAUGGCAGCCAGAUACAAACUCUUUUCACAUGCCAUUCGGGGAGAUGACCAUCACAUUACAUGACGUGUGGCAUAUUCUUCGGAUUCCAGUUGCUGGGGCUAUGGUUUCAGGUCAGCCGAACAAGGCUCAGCUGAUGGCUUACUGCGUACAGAUUUUAGGUAUUUCACCAGAGGAUCUUGUGAGUAAGACGAGCAAGCAUUUUGCCCAGGGAGGUGUGCUGAUUGAGUCGAUCAUCAGCUUAUGUAGGCGUGACCGUACUGCAGAGGUGGAGGCAAUAGCCUGGAUCUGGUUGACGUUAGGUUGCACUCUAUUCACUGACAAGAGUGGCCAUCGGAUUAGACCUGCAACCAUAUGGGAGGUGCGGGAAGGAGUCACAGAUACGACUUGGAAUCUCAUCGAGAGGAGACUGCUCCGGUUUGACUGGCUGUCUGACACUGCUGCAGACAUGGAUUUAUGA